CUAGGCACGGGCGGCGAUGUCACGGCGACCAAACGCGGGCGGGAAGGGCAAGCCCGGCAAGUCGGAGCUGACUGAGGAGCAGAAGCAGGAGAUCCGCGAGGCAUUCGACCUGUUCGACACCGACGGCUCGGGCACUAUCGAUGCCAAGGAGCUCAAGGUGGCGAUGCGCGCGCUCGGCUUUGAGCCGAAGAAGGCGCGCCGCCGCCUCCGCCCUCCGGGCCGCCGCGACGCCGCCUGUGAGCGGCGGGAGGAGAUCAAAAAGAUGAUUGACGAGAUCGACAAGGACGGCUCGGGGACGAUCGAGUUCGACGAGUUCCUGCAGAUGAUGACCCAAAAGAUGGGCGAGAAGGACUCGCGAGAAGAGAUCCUCAAGGCCUUCCGCCUCUUUGACGACGACGACACGGGCAAGAUCACGUUCUCGAACCUCAAGCGGGUGGCCAAGGAGCUCGGCGAGAACAUGACGGACGAGGAGCUGCAGGAGAUGAUCGACGAGGCGGACCGGGACGGCGACGGCGAGAUCAACGAGGAGGAGUUCCUGAGGAUCAUGAAGAAGACAUCCCUCUACUGAGGCGCCACUCUCCCCCCACAUGUGAACCCUUGUGCAUGAUCGCCGCGCCUGGCCGCCGCAACCACAGGCCUAGGGCCUUGCUCCGGUGGGCACCGGGACCAGGCGCCGCCUCGAUGCACCCAGGACAGCCGGAGAGCUCCCAUGCACUCUGCGCGAGUGCGCGAGGUCCGAGGUCCGUGGCAGCAAGAGAGGCGUACGUUUGCACGCGUGGGUCCUGGCAGGGAGCGGGCGCGUUGCCACCGCCUUCUUGAGCGCAGGUGGAGUUGGGUCGCGACUCUUACACUCGAUCGGGCACCCUUGUUGCAUCUUAAUCCCCAAUUCCUUGCGUUGCUCCUCCGGGUCCGCCAUCCUGUGUAGUGAGAGGAGAGAGAGGCUUAAAAUGAACAACUUUAAC